UGAGAGAGACAUUAGUAUUGUAAAGUGUGUUAAGUGACCACUACAGUAGUGUUGUGUAGUGUGUUAAGUGACCACUACAGUAGUGUGAGGGGGAGGAUCCCUGGCUGCUGCUCUACAAUGCUCAACCAAUAUAUCCAGGAGCUGGAGCAGGAUCCCUUUGAUGGGGAGGAGUUCGUUGAGCGGUUAGCUUGGCGGGUCAAUGCCAGUGUAUCACCUCCUGGCAGUACAGAUACUGGCUUUAAUCCAGACUUACUUCAUGAAGCCUUCACACAAGCCAUCAAGGACCUACAGUUGCUAGAUGAGAGAACAGCUAAAAAGUGUGAGCGUGUCGAGGCAGCAGUAAAAGAAGAGGAAGUGCGUCAUUGGCAUAAUGUAGCACAACUCUUGGACAACAAUAGGGAAGCCUUCCAGAGCUUCCAGGAUCUAGACAGUCACAUAAAUAGUGUGGCAACAAAGGUUGUUCAUCUGGGUGACCAGUUGGAGAGUGUCAAUACGCCAAGAUCUCGUGCUGUUGAGGCACAGCGUCUCAUGAAUCAUUUUAGAGAAUUUCUCCUGCCAGGUCCCCUUGUCUCGGAAGUUUUCACUGACAAGACAAAGAUUUAUGAGGCAGCCGAUGUUAUUCAAAAAUUACAUCUAAUAGCACAGGAGUUACCAUCUGGCAAGUUUGAAAAUGCCAAACAUAAGAUUGCUGAGAAGUAUGAUGAGAUUGAACGUUCCCUCAUCAUGGAGUUCAUUAAGGCUCACCGGGCAGGAGAUAAGGACCGAAUGAAAGAAAUAGCUUCCACUUUGUCGCACUUCAAAGGUUAUUCACAGUGCAUUGAUGCCUUCAUAGAAGAAGCACAGCAUGGUGCAUUACGGUCUCGAGACCUCUACAUAGAGGUGGUUCCUCUCUGUCAUCGAUCGGAGGUCCUCAUACGAGAAGUGUUCACAAAUCCAGAGCAAGUCAUGGGGAAGUUUGUUCUUAAUAUAUUCCAAGGACAGUUACAAGAAUAUAUCCAGGUGAGGCUUGACAAUAAGAGUGUACCAGAAAUGUACCUGAAGAAUUUGCAUGAGUUAUAUUGCCAGACCCUUAAGCUAUGCACGGAUCUGCAGCGCUUCAACUUGGGCAAUGAUUCACAAUUUCUGGCCAAGCUUACAAAGUCUAUCUUUCAGCGUCACCUUCAUUCAUAUAUCAGUGUGGAGACAAGAUACUUAAGAGAGAAAUUCAAUUUAAUUUUAAAUCGCUACUAUGAAGGCAAAGGACAUCAGAAAAAAAAUAUACAGUCUGGAGGUAUUAAUGAUAUUCGACGAAAUAUCCAGGAUGUGAUCGGUACCAAAGCUAACAUCAACAUUGGACCUGCUGUUGAAAAUUAUGGUGGGGAGACAUUUUUGUCUGAGGAGGUUGCUAUUUCUUUACUUCAGGAGACCAAGCAAGCCUUUAAGAGGUGUCAAAUGUUGUCCACACAGUCGGAUGUUCACAACAAUGCUGUUCAAAUAUUUGAUCUUCUUACAAAAGCCUUAUUAAUUGAACACGUUGACUAUGCAAUUGAGCUUGGUCUUCAAGUCAUCCCUGGAGGUGAGGUGCGCACACAUCCAGAAAUAAGUUUCUUUGAGGUGUUGCACCAGAGCAGUUCUAUGAUGAAUCUCCUUGAUAAAUUAUUCAGUGACACACUUGUUCCACUGGUAAUUUCUACACCAAAGCAUGGAGAUUGCUUGCAAAAAAAAAAGCAGCUAGGAACAAGUCUGGAACAAAAGCUGGACUUGGGGCUGGACCGUACAUUGUCUGCCAUUGUCAGUUAUAUUCGACAUGUGCUUACAGUUGAGCAAAAAAGAACUGAUUUCAAGCCAGAAAAUGAUGACAUUCUCAUUACCAAUGUCACUGUGGCUUGUCAAAAAGUUGUACGUUACGUGAGUGGAAUAGCUGAACGUAUACGCGACUCUUUAGAUGGUCACAAUUUGGAAAGUGUGCUUCUAGAGCUUGGCCUUAGAUUUCAUCGCAUUGUUCUUGACCACCUCAUGAAAUAUGAAUACAGUGCAACAGGAGCAAUGGCUGUAAUCUGUGAUGUAAAUGAAUAUAGAAAGUGUGUUGCCAGUUUUAAGGUGCCUCAAGUUAAUUCUCUCUUUGACACACUUCACACACUUUGUAAACUUCUCCAGGUAUCUCCAGAAAACCUGAAAAUGGUGUGCUCAGGAGACCAGUUGAGUGGUCUUGACCGUACUGUUCUGGCAAGUUUUAUCCAGUUGCGCUCUGACUAUAAGACAGCAAAACUUGGCCAUCAGCUGAAGUAGUUGGCUGGAAAAGGAACAUUAUUGUGAGAAUAAGAGGGUUUUGACGUUGAGAAUCAAAUAAGUUUUAUCAAUAACUUCACCCAUUCAAGGUCACACUUGUACUAAUAAUCUGUAAGCUUUUUAAAGCAGGUGCUACUUGGUUACUGAAGUACAUUGAUCACAUUCCAUAUAACUGAUAUUAUUACUUACUUUAUGUAACUAUUAUAUAGUUUGUGCACUAAGAGCACGAGAAUUUUGGUAUUAAGAGGAUUUGCAGAUAUGCCUGGUGUGAUAUUUUUUUUUUUUUUUUCCUUUGGGUUCAUAGCUGAACAAUAUUCAUUUAUGUAACAGCAAUAUAGAAAAUUUGGCAGGCUUCCUCAAGAUAUGUCACAAGUUAUAGUUAAGAGAUACAGUAUUUUGAUAUUGUAUAUAAUAGCACACUAUAUUAAUUUUGCUAAAUAGUUCUACAAUACUUUGUGAAUGAGGUGGAACUACUGUGUGUGCAUGUCUCUUCAUAGGAAGUGCCUCGAUGCCACCGAAGAGCUCCUACCUUAGGGAAUUGGAGUAACCUUUCACUUUGUGGGAUCAAACCCAACUUAUCCCCUUUUUUCCUCAUUCCCUGGGUGCUGCACAUUUAGUAUUUUCCCAUAAAUACAGUGAAUGUAUAAUAACAUAAGAAGGAACACUACAACAGGCCUACUGGCUUAAGCCAAUGCCCUAACCUGGUCAGGUCACAUUCACUUAAGGAAGGAGCAUGGCAUCUGACCUAGUAGCACAAGCUAGUCAGGUCCUCUUGCCUUUUAACUGACAACUUCAUUGAACACUUACAGAAUUGCCCUCUCUAUAUCUGUGCCAGGCCAUUCCACUUUUAUCAUUCGUGUUAACUCGCACCCCUCGAGGGGAUUUUGAUUCAAGGAAUUGGGCCUGACUGCCUCCUGUUCCCCCAGGUGCUGUAUGACCUAUGCAAAUCAUACAGCACCUGAAUGUACUGUAAUAAUAAUUGUUGAUAUUCAAGUUCUCAAUUUCUAGCAAGAUUUCUGUACUCAAAUUUAAUAUGUAAUAAUUAGAUCUAGUUUUGAUUGCAAGCUCCUCUAAAUAUUUCAUCUAUUAUUUUUUUUUUCCAACAUAUCGGCCAUCUCCCACCGAGGCCAUUAUUUCUUUAAUACUGCAUUUUUGCCAAAAAUUGCCUUUUUUUUAUUUCCCCCACCUGGAAACACUGUUACAUAGCAAGAACAAAGCCUAUCAUAUAGAAUAGGAUAGCAGCACACUGCUGAUGUAUCCAGUUUUUUCUUAAAAAAAAAAAAAAAAAAAUGCUACCAUAUUAUUCUUCCUAACUCCCAACAUUA